AUGGUACAUGAAUUUUCCAAGUCGCCUACACCUUGUAUCCCACUCGGAUAUAAGCAAUCAGGCAUACUGUUACAUGCUUCGACAUCUACUACCUCCAUUGUUGCCAUUGAUCCCAUUACCUUGAUGAUAAAUGAUUGUAUGACUAUAUCUUCAGCUAUGAGAAAAAUGACUAGAUGGUCUCAAAGUGGAGUUGCCGCCAUCUUGGGCGCAGGCGAUAUUUUUGGUGAUAACGAUUCCUUAACUAAUUUGGGGCUAAGCACAAAUAUGGCGAAUAACAAUGGUACCAGAUCUUCAGGAAUGAAUGACAACCCACUUUUAUCCAGCUUUUUGCAAUUGAGAUCGAUGUUAACAGACGCAAAAGAUUUAUAUGAAAUAGAUAGCUUGACCUUAUUACAACCGUUUUUGUUGGUAAUCAAGUCUUCAUCCACCUCGGGCCAUAUUACAUCGUUGGCAUUGAACUCGAUUUCUAAAUUCAUAAACUAUGAGAUUAUUUCGUUCAAAUCUAAAAAUUUGCAAAGUUCGUUAAUUCAAAUUAUUUCUGCAUUAACCCAUUGCCGUUUUGAGGCAGCGGAUCAGAGCUCAGAUGACGCGGUAUUACUUAAGGUUUUAAGGUUAUUAGAAGAUAUUCUCGAAAGUCCUUUAUCUAAGCUUUUACCAAACGAAGUAAUUUCAGAAGUUGUCCAAACCUGUUUAUCUCUUGCUUGCAAUAAGAAAAGAAGUGAGGUUUUGAGAAAGGCUGCGGAAAUGGCUAUGAUUCUGAUAACCUCCCAUAUAUUCCGUCAAUUGAAGGAUAUUGAGCCAGAAACAGUGGGGAUAGAUGAUUUACAAACAAACUUUUCUAAAACUCAGUUACCAGAGGACUUAAUAGGUGGUACUGAAACUAACAAUUCGGUUAACUUGAGAGAUGAAGAACUUGCCAAUAACAAUAUACAAGAUAAAACGGAAGAAGAUAAAGAAAAUACUAUUGAAGAAGAUGAUCGACUUGUUGAGAGUCCGAAUAAAAUAUCGAACUUCGAUGAUACUAAAAGAGCUUUGGAUACUGAGGAACCAUUCGGUAUUAUUUGCAUCAAUGAAUUUCUAGGAAUAUUAAUUUCAAUGAUAUCUCCAUCAAACCAAUAUCAACAUAUGGAGAGUACAAGGGUAUUUGCUUUAUCAUUGAUAAAUACUGCAAUUGAAGUUUCAGGUCAUGAUAUCCCAAAACAUCUAUCAUUGAUGAGUUUGGUAUCAGACCCCGUAUCAAAACAUGUUGUACAAAUAAUGACUACUACUGAUUCACCGGCAUUAUUACAAGCAUCAUUGCAACUAUUCUCUACAAUUGCAAUUGUUUUAGGGAGACAAUUGAAAUCACAAAUAGAAUUAACUCUCUUAUUGUUAUUUAAUUCUAUAUCUCCAGAUUCUGUUGAAAAGAAUGAUACUAUUAAUGGUAAUGAAACUUCCGUGGCUACACGAAUUUCCAGCUCAAAAGAGAUGCUCAUCGAAUCAUUGUCCUUGUUGUGGACUAGGUCUCCAGUUUUUUUCACCCAUCUUUUUAUUGAUUAUGAUUGUAACUUUGAUAGAACAGACUUGUCUAGAAAAUUUUUAGAAUUUUUAUGCAAGCUAUCUUUGCCGGAGUCCGCAGUUCUAACGACUGACAAUGUUCCUCCUAUAUGUUUAGAAGGAAUAUUGACUUUCAUUGGUGGAAUAAAUGACAGAAUCAAAAGCUUGCCGAUAGAUAAGGAGUUGAAUGAUUUACAAUUACACUCUUUAAUCUUAGAUAAGUAUAAAAAGACCUCAUUCAUCAGUUGCACUGAUAUUUUAAAUAAGAAGCCAAAAGCGGGAAUUAAAGCUCUAGCAGAAAAAGGAUUUAUCAAGGAUGAAAGUGAUGCUGAUGAAUUGGCCCACUUUUUCUUUUCAAAAUCUGGAAGAUUGAAUAAAAAAGUAUUAGGUGAAUAUUUAGCUAAACCUUCCAAUAUUGAGCUUUUGAGAAAAUUUAUCGAUAUGUUUGAAUUUACUGGCUUGAGAGUAGACGAAGCAUUGAGGGUUUUAUUGAAGAGUUUCAGACUUCCAGGGGAAUCACAACAGAUUGAGAGGGUAGUGGAACUUUUUGCCGAAAGAUAUGUACAUUGUCAAGAAAGUGUUGUAAAUGACCCUGAAGAAGAAGCCGUGAAACCGGAUCGCGACGCUGUAUUUGUUUUAUCCUAUUCAGUAAUCAUGUUGAAUACUGAUUUGCAUAACCCUAAAGUUAGACAUCAAAUGGACCUUGAUGCUUAUAAACGUAACUUGCGAGGUGUAUAUAAUGGAAAAGAUUUCCCAAGCUGGUACCUUUCUAAGAUUUAUCAUUCGAUAAAAGAAAGAGAAAUAAUCAUGCCUGAGGAACACCAUGGUACAGAUAAGUGGUUUGAUGACGCUUGGCAUAAUUUGAUUUCAUCAGAAGCAAUCAAUACAGAUAAGCACGAGACUUUAGAAUUUAAUAAUGAUCAAUUGUGUCAGUUUGAUAAGGUGUUGUUUGAAGGAUCUGUUGAUCAAAUUAUUGACACCUUAAUCAGUGUAUUCAAAGAAGCAUCUGACGACCAAAUUAUUACAAGGUUAAUGUCAUCUGUUGAUAAAUGUGCUAAUAUUUGUUUGUACUAUAAUUUAUCAUCUUCAAUUGAUAAAUUGAUUGGUUUAUUGGCAGAAUUAACAACCUUAACUAGUGCAAUUCAUCAUGCUCCGAGCGCAGAUGAUAAUGUACGCGAAGAAAUCCCUAUUACUCAGAUUAAAGUUGAAAAGAAAGAUGAAGCAAUUACAGUCAGUGAAAUGGCAGUGUGGUUUGGAAGGGAUUUCAAGGCCCAAAUAUCAACAGUUGUUUUGUUUAGAUUGAUCAAAAAGACUGACUUUAAAGUAACUGAAUCUUGGAAUAAGAUUAUUAAAAUCAUUUUAACAUUAUUUGAGAACUGCUUAAUCAAUCCAAACUUUUUCACCGAAUUUCAGAAGAAAAUUAAGUUAAAUCCAUUAGCAAAGGUUAAGCCUCGUUAUAUCAUUAAUAGGACAAAGCCUUUGAAGGAUUCGGGUAUUUUUUCAACAUUUUCUUCAUUUUUGAAAGGUUACUCAGACGAACCGCCAGAACCUACUGAUCAAGAAGUUGAAUCCACACUUUCAACUAUUGACUGUGUUAAAUCUUUAAAUAUUCCAAGCAUCUUUGAAAAUAUUUCAAAGGGUUCGAAAGAUAACUUGAAGCUUUUCAUAGAAUUAUUGUUAGAUUCCGUCCCUACGUUUAGAGAAGAAACAAAGAGGUAUUUUGAAAUUGAGAACUUGUUUUUAUUUGAAAUUGUGGUAUGCUUUUGCUUACUACUUGAUGAUAAGUCAAUCAUUAAUUCUACCCUCGACAAGAUGAAGAAUUUUGGAGGCCUGAAAGAUUUAUCAAGAAAAGGUAAUUUGAGAGUCUGUGCAUACAAGCUAUUGUUAAUUAGACAUAGUGAUGGAUUGCAUGAAUCUACUUUAUCUGAAUGCAUAAAAGAGUUAAGUGAAUUCGACAAAGAGCUAAUUAGUAAAUAUGGAGCACAGUUGGCUCAACCAUUAAUUUCAUUGGUAGACGAUGAAUCAUGGUUUUGUAAGAAAUUAGUGAAUAAUGAAGAAUACUGGAAAGCUUUAAGGGUACUUGGGUCUAUUCCAAUAUACUCUUCGGAUAUUCUUAAACUUGUUGAUGGUAUAAUCACAAAUUCACCAAAGGAAGUUUCGCCAUCAAAUUACAUGCCACUUCUUGGUCUCUUAGAUGAGAUAUCUUCUCUUGGUGCAGCUGGAUCCCAAUGGGAGCAAGAAAUCGAACAAUUAAAUGUUUCUGGACAGAAAUCAGAUGAUGACAAUUCGUAUUACAGAGAUCUCGUUGAAAUUUCAAAGAAGUCUAUAUCGUUAACAGCAGAAUUAAAUUCAAUCGCUAAAAGACCUGAGUUCAAGCAGAAAGACCUUUCGUAUUCUUUAAUUCAAGCUUUGGCUCAUCAAUGUUUCAAUCCGUGUCGAGAGGUUCGUACGUUUGCAAUCAAUGCUUUACAGCUGACUGUUUUGUCCUCCGAAAUUAACGAUGAAUUUACUCCAUCUGGUAUAUUUGAGUAUGGCUUAUUCCCAUUAUUAUCAGAGCUUUCAAAGCACGAAGUUUUGCAUACUGAUCCAAAUGGAUUUGCCCGGACCCAGACAGAGGCUUUAUCUUUAGUGAGCAAAGUCUUUUUGAAAUAUGAAUCGCAGUUUGAUCUGGAAGGAACUGAUAAAAUAUGGCUAGGAAUUCUAGAAUAUUUUAUUGUUUUUAAUUCCUUAGGCGAAAAGUUUAACACAAAUGAGAACUUGAUUAAGGAAUCAGGUGCAGAAUUACUUAAAAAUAUGAUUUUAGUAUUGCAGAAUAACGGCAUAUUGAGGGAUAAUAAGACUGAAUUAUGGAAAGCUUCGUGGGAAAAAAUCGAAAAGAUUUACCCGAAUAUGAAAGAUGAGCUAGUACUUGAGAGUUCUUCAAAAACUCAGAAAACCGGUGCUGUGAAUGAAGAAAAGAACAAAUCGAACAACGAGAAAAGAAUAGAGCAACAGCAAGAAGAGGGUGAAAAGCAAAAUGAAGUCUCAAAAGAGGAAUCAACAAAUGAGCCAACUAAUGAGCAAAAGGAAGAAUCAAAAGAAGAAUCAACAAAAUAA